AUGCCUCGCGAUAGCACGUGUUCUUCCAAGCGACGCAGGUUCAAGGUCCAGAGUGAGUUUGGCAAUGCCAGAGGCUGGAGGAGCCGAAAGAAUAGGCCCUGCGAUGUAUGCCGGAAGAGGAAGACAGUGUGCGUCAUCACGACUGCACCACCAUUCGUCGGCUCCGGCCGCGUCAACAUCGGUACUCGUGGCAUCCGCCACAUCUUCUACGAAUAG